AUCUGUAAAAAGGAAUGGAUUUUUACUGAAAAAGUAGGGAUCUGUAAAUCAAGAAAGGUAAAAAACUUUCAACGUGAAGAAGUUCCAAAUAAGAGUUCAUCAUACAGAUUUGAAGAUGAUUAGCAAAUUUUUACACGUGCUUCUGCUGCACACAGUAUUGCAACUCCUCUAGUGUCUAUAUUCACAUAUGUAAAAAAGCAUACACACGUCUUUAAGGAGCAGAGAAACAAUUAACAUUUGAGUGCCUUCUAUAUGAUUCUGCAUCUAAAAGCGAGAAAAUUUUCAGCUUCUUUUGGUUUUCUUAUAUUUUAGUGACACAAUGGACCUUGGGAGCAGAGGAAGAAUCCACUGUAACAUGAGACUCACCAGCUCUCUGCUAAUCAUGGCAGCAUUCUGCAUGACACCUUUCCUCUGCCAUAGUCAAACUGAUCCACUAGCUCUUGGGUGGGCAGACCCCCAAUGUUGGGAAUCCUCCUCAGCUGUCUUACUGGAGAUGAGGAAGCCUCGCAUUUCUGAUUCUGUUAGUGGCUUUUGGGACUUCAUGAUUUUUCUGAAAUCAUCAGAGAACUUGAAACAUGGGGCUUUGUUCUGGGACCUGGCUCAGCUCUUCUGGGAUAUCUAUGUGGACUGUGUGCUCUCCAGAACCCAUGGCCUAGGGAGAAGGCAGCUAGCAGAAGCUGAGCAGAAGAUUGCUACUCUACAUUCUCAGUUCACAGGGAGAAACCAAGGGAUAUUUUCUCAUAUUCAGAGGUCGCCAAUUCUGAAGAAGAGAGACUCAUUUGAAGAUUUAAUAAGUAUCCACAUGCAUAAGAGCAGACCUACAUUACUUCGAAGAGUCAUUGGAGAGCUAGGAAAAAAGAGGAAAUCACAUUUUUAGUUCAAGAUCUUGACUUGUAGAUAUUUUUUAAUUACUUCUCUUUAUUUUUUGCAUUCUAAUCCUCACUGAUGUCAAUUUACAUGUAGAAAAAGGCCUAUAAGCAUGGACACCAUAUCUCUGAUUAACUUGGACUUAUGGUUUUUUAAAUUAUCUAUUAAUUUCAUCUCCUUAAUAAACUGCAUGAUUUAUAA